AGUCUGGGGGCAGGGGGCAGCCGACCCAAGCAACCUCUCCGGCGAUGGGAGCCGCCCGCCCGCUGCCCAGCUUCACUCUGUGCUUGCAGCUACUGAUCCUCUGCUGUCAAAGUCAGGGGGAGAAUCACCCGUCUCCUAAUUUUAACCAGUAUGUGAGGGACCAGGGCGCCAUGACUGACCAGCUGAGCAGGCGACAGAUCCGCGAGUACCAGCUCUACAGCCGGACCAGCGGCAAGCACGUGCAGGUCACUGGGCGUCGCAUCUCGGCCACUGCUGAGGAUGGCAACAAGUUUGCCAAGCUCAUAGUGGAGACGGACACGUUCGGGAGCCGGGUGCGCAUCAAGGGAGCCGAGAGUGAGAAAUACAUCUGCAUGAGCAAGCGGGGCAAGCUCAUCGGCAAGCCCAGCGGGAAAAGCAAAGACUGCGUGUUCACGGAGAUCGUGCUGGAGAACAACUACACGGCCUUCCAGAACGCGCGGCGCGAGGGCUGGUUCAUGGCCUUCACGCGGCAGGGAAGGCCCCGCCAGGCCUCCCGCAGCCGCCAGAACCAGCGGGAGGCGCACUUCAUCAAGCGGCUCUACGAGGGCCAGCUGCCCUUUCCCAACCAAGUCGAGAGGCAGAAGCAGUUCGAGUUUGUGGGCUCAACACCCACCCGCCGGACCAAGCGCACUCGGAGGCCACAGCCCCUGACGUAGUCAGGGACACAGGGUGGGGGCAGCUGCCCGUCACCAGCUUUCCCAUCCCUUUCUCUU